AUGAUCAUUAUCAAUUGUCUAUGUACAAUUGCUUUCAUAAGUUCAUCAACAAACAAUGAAAACAAUCGAAUUGAUCCAAUUGUUCGUAAUCUUAAACAUAUUGUCGAUACAGCUCUUCAACAAGAUACAUUCGAUGAUAUUAAUAAUGAAUUGUUAAUAGAACAAUUAAGUCAUAUAAUUGAGCAACAAGAAGGUUUAACAAUAAUUGAUCGUAAACAACGAUCAAUAGAUGAAACAAGUAUUUAUGAUGGUUCAGGAGAUCUGUUUGAUGAUGGAGAUCUACCAGUUUUUACUGGAAAUUUAAGUGUAGUUACAAUUACAAUGGGUACUACUACAACUGCUUUCAAUACAUAUACACCUCAGAAAUAUCCUGCAUGUCCAUGUGAAAAAGGCGACCGUGGAGAAAAAGGUGAUCAUGGUAUUUGUCCGACAGAUUGCGGUUGGAAGUAUGAUACACAUACAAAAGAUUGCCUUGGUUCUCAAGUAAAUUUAAACCGUCUUGCUCAGGCAAUUCGUCAAUUAAUUCUUGAUACUAAAAAAAUUGCAUUUCGAAAUGCUCAAGGAACAUCCUGUGUAUGUCCGACAACCCCACCACCAUCAACGACAAUGUCAACAGUGUCCAAUCAAUUUAGUCUAGAUUACAAUAUGUAUAUUCGAUUAAAAGGUGAUAAAGGUGAUCGAGGUGAUACCGGUACAUCAUGUUCACCAACAUGUAUGCAAUCAACACAGACAAAUGUACGAGUAUUUUCAACGAUAAAAGAAGCAACAGAUGCAUCAUAUAGUUUACCUGAUCAUACAUAUGUUCAUGUUGUUGAUAAUUAUAGAAGAUUACAAGCAGUAUUUAUUCGAGUUCAUGGUCAUUUAAUACCAAUAAGACUAGGAAACGAAAUUUCAACUACAACACAAGGAUCGACAUUACCAGCAACAGCAAUAGCCAUUCCGUCAUCACGAUGUAGAACAACACUUUCAUGUUCAACACUACACAUGUUUGCUCUUGGUCCUAACGUACAUGGAAUGUGUGGUUCAAAUCGAGGAACGUCAUCCUGUUCAAGAUUAUCCGACUUUAAUGAUUUAUGCCAAGAUGUAUCUAGACGUAAUCAAUUGAAAGGUUAUUAUAAAGCAUUUAUGUCUGCAAGUACACAAUGGUUAUCACAUUUAUUUGCUGGUAUUUGUGUUAAUGCAAAAAUUAUCAAUAUGAAUAAUCAAACAUUAUUUGAUAAAGUGGAAGAUAUAUUCGAACACAAACCACCUAAAAGUGCAUUUCUUGAUGUAAAAGGAUCAAAACCUGAGUAA